AUGUUAUCUGACCAAACAAAUGAAGCAUCUACUACUUCUAGCUCCAGCUUAAUUUGUGAAGAACUCGGCCAUCUUCCAAAGACACUCCGAACCGAGCUGAUUCCUUUUGAACUGAAAUACACAAGCAUCGAAAAGUAAUAUCUAGAUAGGGCCAAGCUUUUAGAAAAGCUGAAAGAAGCAAGAAAUGAGCUGAUCAAAGCAAAAGCAAAGCGAGAAGAGCGAAAAGAUAAGUACAGCUCACUGCAAAAUGAAGUCGAAGAAUUGAAAAAGAAGCUUGAAGUCGUUAGGGAAGAAAGAGACCAAGCCAUUGGCGAAAGGUUCAUGAUGAAAGCUAAGAUCUUAGAACAGGAUACGUACCAUGACAUAAUCAAGAACAAUUUGCAACUUGAAGAGAAAUUGGUUCAGAUUAAAUUAGAACACGCCACACUAUCUCAGGAACUUGAGUCCUCGUUGGACGACUUGGAAUGUCUAAAAUCACUUGUGAAGAUCAGAGAUAAUGAGCUAUUACACAUUUCAAAGGAAAUGGAAAAAGCGAUUAAGCAGAAAGAUUUGUUGAAUGAAAAGCUAGGAAACUACCCAUCACCUAUGAACCAGAAAUUAGCACCGAAAGGGCGAUUUGGAGUUUCCUCAAUAGCGCAUAUUGGUUCUAUGUUUUCAAAGCCGCCAAUUACUUCUGGUUUAUCUCUUAGAGUAGACAAUCCGAAAAUUUUGCCUGCAAAUAACAGAAUUAUAAAGAGUAGGAUUGAUCUUGAUCAAGGAAGCAAGGAUUGAAGUUCUGCAAAGUCGUUCAAAGCAAAAGAAGAAAAUACUUCGUCGUUGAAUUAA